AUCGCUUGUGUCACAUUUCUCGCGAGAAUUUUAUUGUUUUCCCUUUAACUGCUCAAGUCAAAACAGAAGUCUGCAAAAUUAAUGUUACGAGAGGAAAAUGACUCCUACACUGACCCGGGGAGCGGCCGAAGCCCUGUUCAAAGGCUCACCCGUAAACAAUCCCGUUCUGCAGCUGUUGGACAUGAGGAAGCUAUGUGGAGCCUCAGGGCCACCCAGGUUCCGGCUUAAGAUGAGUGAUGGUCAGCACUCAUUUUCCUCCUUCCUACUGGCCACCCAGCUGCACCAUCUGGUUGAGGAGGAUCUCCUGGUUCCGCUCUGUGUGUGUAAGUUAAAGAAGACCACCAGUUCCACGUUGUCCGAUGGCAGACAUGUGGUUGUCAUAGUGGACAUGGAGGUCUUGCAGUCAGCAGAGGAAACUGGAGAAAAGAUUGGAAAUCCAGUUCCAUUCAGCCUUUCAGAUGAGUCGGUGUCAUCUCCACAGAAGGUGUCAUCAACCGCAUCAGAACCAGCAUCAUCUCUGCCUACUGAGGCACCCGGACCCUCUUAUAGGAACGGCAGUGGCAGAGGCAAAGAUUUCACUGGAAAAGCACCAAUGAAAGCCGAACCCCUGAUGGCCUCACCCAUGAAAGCCUCACCCAUGAUGACCUCACCCAUGAAAGCCUCACCUAUGAAAGUCUCACCUAUCAAAGCUGAACCCCUGAUGGCUUCACCCAUGGAAGCCCCAUCCAUGAUGAUGUCACCCAUGAAAGCAUCACCCACGAUGGCCUCGCCCAUGAAAGCUUCUUGCAGUUCUCCAGUCUCACCAGCAAAAGUGAUUCCUAUUGCCAUGCUCAACCCCUACCAAAGCAAGUGGACUAUCAGAGCCAGAGUCACAAACAAGUCCAACAUCCGUAACUGGAAUAACUCCAGAGGAGAGGGCAAGCUCUUCUCCUUUGAGAUAGUGGAUGAGAGUGGAGAAAUCAGGAUUACUGCCUUCAACAACGAGAUGGACAAGUUUUUCCCUCUAGUGGAGCAAGGCAAGGUGUACUACAUCUCGAAGGCUUCGCUGAAACCGGCCAACAAGCAGUUUAUGAAGCUGAAUAACGACUACGAGAUGACCCUCAACAGUAAUUCGUCUAUCGUGCCAUGUGAGGAUAGCCAGGGCGUUCCCACAAUGCAGUACGACUUUGUGCCCAUCAAGGAUUUGGCAGACCGUGACAAUGACGCCAUUGUUGAUGUUAUUGGAGUGUGUAAAAGUGCAGAAGAUGUUACCCGCAUCACCACUAGAGCCAACAGAGACGUCUCCAAGAGGGCCCUCAGCUUAAUGGAUAUGACCGGCAAAGAGGUGUCAGUCACGCUGUGGGGAGAGGAGGCGGAGAAGUUUGAUGCCUCUGGGAGUCCCGUUGUCGCCAUCAAAAAAGCUCGCCUGUCUGAUUUUAGGGGCAAAUCGCUCUCGGCUUCGUUCAGUUCAACGAUAAUGGUCAACCCAGACAUACCUCAGGCCUUCUGUCUCAGGGCCUGCUUUUCCCCUGAUCUCCACGGCUGUUUGAUUCUCUCACCAGUCUACAUGCUGACAGCAAGAAGUUAUUUCUGGAGCAGACAAAGUGUUUACCACUUCUUUUCGACAUCUCUGUGCACAUUUUACAAAGACAAAGGCUGUCUUGUCUGGCUCGUGUUUCUGUGGUAUGACCAAGGAGGUUAUGCACUGGACAGCCAGUCGCUAACUGAAACCGGGCCAGCCACCGGUUCAUCAGCGGUGAACUGGAAGACAUUCAGUGAAAUGAAGAAGGACAAUUUAGGACAUGGAGAGAAGGCAGAUUAUUUCAGCUGCGUGGCGACCGUGGUGUUCAUUCGUAAGGAGAGUUGUCUGUAUCAGGCGUGUCCAUCUGCAGACUGCUACAAGAAGGUCAUAGACCAGAACAACGGCAUGUACCACUGCGGAAAGUGCAACAAGGAGUUCCCAAACUUUAAAUACAGACUCUUACUUUCUGCCAACUUAGCAGACUGCUGGGAUAACCAGUGGGUGACAUGCUUCCAGGAGACAGCCGAGGUCCUGCUGGGUUGCAGUGCAGCAGAGCUGGGACAGCUCAGAGACACAGAUGAGACUGCAUUUGAUGAAGUCUUCCAGAAAGCCAACUUCUCAACCCACAUAUUUAAAAACCGAGUCAAACUGGAAACGUAUAAUGAUGAGAGUCGAGUGAAAGUGACGGUCCUGGAAAUCCUUCCUGUGGACCACAGAGAAUACAGCAGGAAUCUCCUGAGCAGCAUCAGUAAGCUGGCGCGCUGAGCUCUGUUCCUGUCAUCCAAACGGCCGCCUCAUCAUUACACAGAUCUGACUGGAUGCUGACUGGUGUCAGGCUUUUUCUUUCCCCACAACUGCACGAUAUAUCAUUUCUGACUACGAGUGAUUCAUUUUAGUUAAUGGCAGCCUAACAAAGACUGUGAUGUUGGUUUUCUCCAGCUGACUCAGAGCGAAACAUUGAAUUGCCUUUGAUGGAUGUCAUUUUAGCGAAAGCAUUUUAGAGUUUAAAGGUUCGUUUUACCCUGUGUUGCUUUCUGGUUCUAUGCAUCAUGGACAUUUAAAGAGCACCUUUUCUAUUUAUUUUUUAUACACGUGAGUCAGUUCUUUAGUUUAAUGGAUGCUGCCAUUUAAUGAUUAUAAGACACAAAUAGGCAAAUGGGAAAAAAAGACUCAAAACAUAUAUAAGGUCUGGAUUUUAACUUUUUGAAUAUUUUUAUGUGUUUUGGUUGUUUCCUCCAUUUCUGAAAAUGGGAAAAUAUUACAAAGGAUUAGAAUUGCUUUGUCUUCAUCACUCGUUUUCAUGUUUAUGAUCAGUGUUAAUAAAUAGCUGCUAAUUUUGUUCCAA